AUGUCUUCAGCAGACAAGACGAUAGCCUUCAUUGGCAUCGGAGUCAUGGGAUACUCGAUGGCAGUCAACCUCCGGACGAAACUCGACGACUCAUACACGCUCCUGAUCUGCGACGUGUCGGAGACGCUGAUCCAGAAAUUCCUGCAUCAGAUGGCCGGGCAGGGACCCGUAGAGGUCAUCUCGAGCGGGCGGGAGGCCAUCACGCGCGCCAACACGGUCAUCACGAUGCUCCCGACGGCGGGGGCGGUGGAAAAGGUGUACCUCGACGCGACGACGGGGAUCAUCCCGGCAGCGGUCGACGUGUCCCGGUCCACCAGCGGCGAGAAGAAGCUGAUCAUGGAGUGCGGCACGAUCGAGACGGCGACGAUCCUCAAGGUCGGCGGCAGCGCGGCGAGGGAGGCGGGGGCGACGCUGGACUUUGUCGACGCGCCCGUGUCCGGCGGGCCCAUGGGCGCCGAGGCCGGCACGCUCACCUUCAUGGUCGGGGCCGGCACCGCGGCGGCGUUCGAGCGGGCCAGGUCGUACCUGCAGUACAUGGGCAGGCGGGACAGCGUGUUCCACUGCGGCGAGGUGGGCGCGGGCACGGCGUUCAAGGUCAUCAACAACUACCUGUCGGCCAUCACGUCGCUGGCGGCCAGCGAGGCCCUCAACAUCGGCGCCAAGAUGAACCUCGACCUCAAGCUGCUCACCGACGUCAUCAACGUGUCCGGCGGCCAGUGCUGGGUCACCAGCCAGAGCAACCCGGUCCCCGGCAUCCAGCCCAACGCCCCCGCGUCCCGGGGCUACGAGGGCGGCUUCCGCAUCGAGCUGUGCAAGCACGUCCUCGAGAUGGGCAGCAGCCUCGCCGACAUGGUCGGCGCCAGAACCAUCCUCGACAAGCCCACCCUGGCCGCCUUCACCGAGGCCAUGGCCGACGAGAGGUACAAGGGCAAAGACGCGAGGGUCGUGUACAAGUGGUUGAAUGAACAGGGGAGAUAG